UAUUUGAAUGUAAUUAUGGUGGAUAAGACAUUACGGUCUUAACCUUGCAAUUGUGGUAGUGCUGUAAAAUGUCGAAUACUGGAGAUUCGUCGAAUGUUCAAGCCGCUUCAAGCCAAAACAGUUCAUCAGAAUCAGAGGCUCUUGAUAGCAAACCCACGACCCGUGAUGCCGUCUUGGUAUUAUGCAUUGCUUUUCUUAAUUUCGUUGAAAAAAUUAUCUUUUACGGUAUCCUGACGAACCUCGUUCUUUUCUGCACGAACGAUCUGGGUUAUUCGAGCGCCAAUGCUGCUGUUUUUAGUUUGGUCUUUAUCGGCACGAAUUACGUCUUUACGAUUUUCGGAGGAUGGCUAUCCGAUUCCUGGCUGGGGAAUUAUAAUUCCAUAUACCUGGGCUCACUAAUAUGCUUACUAGGUACCGCUGUGCUGCCUUUGGUAGCUUAUGAAUGGUCAAACGACUAUGGUCCAUCCUUUGGGUUUAACCUAGAAACCAAACGAGUCUUCUUCGUCAUUACUCUCUUCAUCGUUAACAUUGGUACCGCCCCCCUCAAGGCGUGUUGUGCUCCCUUCACCGCCAUUCAAGUUGAAGAGUGUGGAACUAGAGCGAUACGAAGCACCUAUCAUUGGGUGUACCUCAUCUCCGAGAUUGCUCCUUUGUUUACGUAUUCUGUACUUUCAUACGUCGAGCAAAAUGUUUCUUUCUUCUUGGGCUUCAUCGUUGUUCUCUGUUUCAACGUCGUCGGUAUUGUCGUCUUCGCUGUGGGUCGAGAUUUCUACAAAAUAAGACCACCGAAAGGUAAUCAGGCGUUGCUACAAGUCCUUCGGAUGCUGAAGACCGCGAUAACAAUGCAUUCGGAGAGAGAUGGCACAUGUUGUUCAAUGUAUUGCUGUUGUUGCUGCUGUGCUCAGGGAAGUUGUUGUGGUCGUUCUGCCGACACUAAUCCACUCUUAGCAGAGGUGAACGGGAAUCCAGCCCAGCUUCAUCGACUCGAUGCUGGCGAGGGAACGUCGUCGAGAUUAUCUGAUGACGAUAUGGUGAUCGUUGAACGAAACGUAGUUGAUCAACGUGGAUGUUUGGAGCGGCUAAAGAGUGAAAAUGGCGGACCUUAUACAAACGAAGCCGUGGAGGAAUUAAAAUGGUUCCUCAACACCCUCCUCGUUUUAUCAGUAGUCAUUCUCUAUAACACUAUACGGUUUCAGUACUCAACGACAUAUCUGCUCCAAGGAGAGCGAAUGGAUCUGGAGGGUAUUCCAGUAGCUUUCUUAGCUCUCUUUGUACCUCUGUCAGUCAUAAUCACCGUACCCAUCGUCGAUCGCGUCGUCUAUCCUCUCCUUGAGCGUCGAGGAAUAAGAGUCACACUGGUCAAACGAAUGGCAUUUGGUCUCGUAUCUGGGCUUCUGUCUGUCUUAUAUGCUGCCAUGGUCGAGAUCAUUCGUAAACACGUUAUCAAAAAUGGCGGGAGUCUUGACCAGACAAUUUCAGGAGUCAUUUUCCAUGCUUCAUCGCUCUCAAUCCUCGUUCAAAUUCCGCAAUAUAUUUUCAUUGGCAUUGCGGAUACUUUUGUUCUCAUCACAGGUCUAGAAUUCGCCUUUUCUCAGUCCCCCAAAUCCCUUCAAGCAUUUAUCACCGGGAUAUAUCUCUUUUAUAAUGGAAUCGGCAGCUAUGUUGGAUCUUUACUGGUUAUCAUCGUCAACGCUGCCUCCGCAGGUCAUGAAUGGAUACCUAAUGAUAUCAACAAGGGCCAUCUUGAGUACUACUUUUUCCUCUUGGCUGGCGUCAUCAUCCUCAACAUGGUAUACCUCUACUUUAUCACCAGGAAUUAUAAAUAUGUUUAUCAGUACGGCUACGAUAGACAGUCGAGUGUAUAAAUGGGCAAGUCAUUUGGUAAUUAUCUCUCUUAUGCAUAUGUUAUCAAGAAUGAAAA